CUUUGUAUAUAUGGGUAUAUGUGUAUUAUAUAGAAAAUAGAAAACCCUACACCAUUUGGUCCAUCAAUUAUAACCUUGUCUGGGUAUAUAUGUCGGUUGUACGAUAUAUAUACAUAUAUAUACAAUGACCAUCUAUCUAUAAAGUUCUCUCUCUUGAUCUGUCUCUCUCUCACACUCGCUUGCUCUCUUGAUCGAUCGAUGACGGCUCCAGUUUAUUUGAGCUCUCAACCUAAUUCGAACUCGUUUCCUCUUUUGGAGCUACAGGAAGAUGAUCAUGUCCAACAACAAUCGACUCAUCAUCAUCAGCUGAUGAAGAUCUUCUUCUCACCAUCACCACACAACAUGGCUUCGACCUCCAACUCUCUUCCGUGCCCCACUCAUCAUCUUCAAGGCCGCAGUGAGAGCCAAUUGAUCAGAGACCAACCACAAGCUGUGGUGGAUCAACAUCUUAUUCCUUGUGUACGUGGAGGAUCCAUAUCAUCAAGCGAUCACCACAUCAGUUGCGAAGAAGGCCAAGGAUUAUCAGUCUUUCCUAGCUUGGAUCAAAACAGUGAUCAAGAAAUCAAUAGCCAUCGAAGCGAUGGCAAUGGUAUCCUCAGCAUAAGGUGGAUGUCUUCGAAGAUGAGGAUCAUACAUAAGAUGAAGAAGAACAGCCCCAACUCCACAGCAAGUGAAUGGUCGUCCGGGGGCAAUUUAAUGAAGAGAUCUGAAGAUUGCGAAUAUGAUCAUGAGGUUGUUCGAUAUGCUGGAGGAAGCAAUAUCUCGACGAAUAAUGGCGCCGUGAGAGUCUGCUCUGAUUGCAACACGACCACAACCCCUCUGUGGAGGAGCGGCCCUCGAGGUCCCAAGUCCCUAUGCAAUGCAUGUGGGAUCCGACAAAGGAAGGCGAGGCGAGCCAUGGAGGCUGCAGCCGCCACCAUGGGGAUGGCCACUGCUGCAUCCACUGACACUUCUUCCUCAAGGACGAACAACCACAGUAAGUUGCACAAGAAGUUGAUGGACAAGAUACCUCGCCCGAAUAAGAAACACCACAAUCACGCUCAUCAGUUCAAAAGACACAACACCAAAACCAAUUCUUCGCCUGCUCUCCCCCAUCACAGUGCUGGAAAGAAGAAGCAAUAUCUAUUCGAUAGUUUCGCAAUAGGAUUAAUGAGUGAGACUAGUUCGAGUCCGGGCUUCAGGAGAGUGUUCCCAGAGGACGAAGCAGAAGCUGCUGCCCUUCUGCUUAUGGAACUAUCUCGCGGCCUUCACCAUGCUUAACUAGAUCGUUGAUUUUCUUUCCCCAUAUAAUAAUUAUUAGAAGUUUUAAUCUUUUUGUAUUUUCUUUUAAUGAAAGUUUUUUUUUUUUAUGGGGACUCUUCAGGAUAUUAGUGUUUACGAAGGAUAUCUAGCUAGGUAGAGAGAGAUCCCAAGGGACCUCUUUUGGGACUUUUGACACAUAUUGCAAAAUCAGAAGGAUAGUGUGCUUAGCUUCAUUAAUUAAUAACUAACUAUAUCUUCAAAUAAUUAUUGGUAAAUUUGUUCUUA